UCCCACUGGGUUUUCCUGAUAAGGUUUUAAUGAGGCAACAUUAAGCGUAUUACAAUCUCUGUAUGGUUAUGGCAUCCAAGGGGAAGUGUUAUAAAUCAAUUGAUGGAUGUUCAUACACUUAGAGAGAGAGACGGCCCAACCCUAGAGAAAGAGGCGACGGCCGCGAGACUUAGAGAGAGAGAGACGGCUACAUGGUUUAUGAGAAAAGGAAACUCAAUUUUAUUUUCAUUGUAUGAUUAGGAUUUCCCUUUUCGUUUAUGUUUAUGAUCUGUAAUCUUUUCUUUUAUCUAUCUUGUAAUUCCCUAUAUAAAGGAAACACUUUAUGAUUAAUAAUACAGAGAAACAUUCAGCUGUAAAUCUAUUGUUUCACAAACUUUAUUCAGUUUUUUUUUCCACUAAAAUAUAGAGAAAGAAGCACAGGGUGCAAAUUGCUAUGUAAUACAUUAAUUGAUGGAGAUUGGAAAACGACUCGAGAGGAGACAAUAAAUAAAACUUUAUCAAAUGACGUAUGCCCAACGAAAUUUUUCGAAAAUGGAUCAGGCCCAAUAACUGGAAUCCUUUAUUAUUGGGCCGGGUCUGGGUGUAUUAUAUAUGUUGAUGACAGAGAAAAAAAACUAGUCAUUAUUUAGAUUUUUGAUAUAAAUGAGAGCUGGACUUUUUUUUGAGUGUCAAAUGUGAAAGUUGGAUUGAUUACAUACUUUUAGUUAAUUCUCAAAUCUAGCUAAAUUGUCUCCUAUAGAAUACCUAAAAUUCAAAUAUGAAUGUUCAGAUAUUAAAAACAAAAUAUAUUUAUUAAAAAGUGGUUCUUAAGUAUAAAAAUUUAGUUAUGUUUACUUAACAAUCCACAAGUUUUAAAAGUCAAUAAUUGAAUACUACCAAAUUUUAGCAUAUAUUAAAAACCACUAAAUAACUAUUUAAUUUUGAGAAGAACAUAAGUUAUGAUUAUAUUUCAUAACCAAAAGUAAAGCAUUCAAUCCAUUAGCCCCUCAAACCGAGUUGUGCAAGGGAAGCAGACGAUGAAUCUUGUUGCUCUGGUGCUCCUGAUAUUACACAUUUUCAUUGUUUCAUGGGUAGAUGCAGGCACAGUCGUUUUGAUGAAUUCCAACAUCACUCAGUCUUUCGAAGACAUGGAAGGUGAUUUCUCUCCAUCAGAAGAGGCUACGGUAGAAACCGGAGUCCUUUACGUGGCUGAUCCUCUUGACGCUUGCCAAAAGUUGAGGAAUAAACCGAAGCAGAGUACUAACGGUACUUUCCCUUUCGUGUUGAUCAUGAAAGGAGGCUGCAGUUUUGAGCACAAAGUCAGAAACGCUCAGGAAACCGGUUUCAAAGCUGCCAUUGUCCAUGACGAUGUGGACCGCGACUUCUUAUUAGCUAUGGAAGGAGACGAGUAUGGUAUAAACAUUCAAGCGGUUUUUGUGGCGAAAGCAGCAGGAGAAACACUCAAGAAAUACGCUGGCAUGGCAGAAACAAGAGUCAUGCUGGUCCCUAGUUUAGAGGACUCCGGGUUGUCGUUGUUCGCGACCACAGCAUUGGUUGUAUCGUUGGGCAUGUUUGUUGUUCUGACCACUUGUAUUUACAUCUGUAGACGUUGUACAUCACCUAUAACUGAUGCAUCCCAGUUCCAUGGAAUGAGCAGUAGAACGGUAAAAGCAAUGCCGAGUGUUACAUUCACUUCUGUGCGCGGAUACAUCACAACAGCUCUGUCUUGCGCUAUCUGCCUCGAAGACUACAGUGUUGGAGAGAAGCUCAGGGUCUUACCUUGCUGUCACAAGUUUCAUGCCACUUGUGUAGACGUGUGGCUUACAUCAUGGAGAACGUUUUGCCCAGUGUGUAAACAGGAUGCAAGAAUAAGCACGGACGAGCCAUCAGCUUCAGAGAGCACACCGCUCCUUGCAGGAUCAUCUUUAGUGCAUAUAGACCCUCCUGUGGGAUCCUCACUUUUGCCCACGAGCUCGUCCUACAGUCAGCUAUCUUUCAGGUCUUCUUCCGCUCAUGUCAGCCAUAUAUCUGCGGAUUUCAGGCAACAAGCAGCCUCCCCGUUGCGGUCUUCAACGCAGAGAUCAUACAUCACCUGUAUAGGCUCGUUGGACUCACCGUUUUACUCGAACAUAGCAUCUCUCAACGAGAUGAUGCUACCAUAUCAGACUAGCCCACGCAAUGCGUCCCCUGGGUUUGUCCAAUCAACAAGUCAUCAGUUCAACUCUUCGCUCUCCAGGGCAUCAGAAGGUUCAUCAUCUCAUUUCGCCUCUGCACACUCGCUUGAAGAAUGUUAGACCAAAGAUUCGAGCAGACACCAUGGACUCUCUAGGUCCGGUUUGGUUCACUAGGAUUCUUUUGCUUUUAAUGUUCUGUCUACGCAUCAAAUCCUUGGAAAGCUAUCUAUUAGCCAAUAAGGAUUGAUGAUAUGUAUAUAACCUCUCUGUCCAUGUUGGUUUCAUUCUUAUUUUUUUUUUGGGUUUAGUUCGCUCGAAUCUGAGAUUCAACUAAA